AGCUGUAGUCCUGCCUGCGCAUCAGCAGCAGCAGCAUCAGACUGAGCCGGACCAGAACCGAACCUUCCUCCAUGAUGCUGGUGCUGAUCGCGGGACUCGCGGUUCUGUCGCUGCUGCUGCUGGUUCUGUCUCCACACAUCCGAACCUACGCUGCAGGAGGCGUGUGCAAGUCCACGGCUCGUCUGGACGGGAAGACCGUCCUCAUCACCGGAGCAAACACGGGGAUCGGGAAGGAGACGGCGCUGGACCUGGCAAAGAGAGGGGCUCGGGUGAUUAUGGCGUGCCGAGACGUGGAAAAGGGCGAGGAGGCAGCGGCGAGCAUUCGAGCCGCACACUCCGAAGCUCAGGUGGAGGUUCGAGAGCUGGACUUGGCCGACAGCCGCUCCAUCCAAGCGUUCGCCCAGCGGCUCCUGAGAGAGGUCAGCCAUCUUCACGUCCUCAUCAACAACGCUGGAGUGAUGAUGUGCCCCUACACCAAAACUGUGGAUGGCUACGAGAUGCACAUGGGCGUCAACCAUUUAGGUCACUUCCUGUUGACGUACCUCCUGAUUGGCCUGCUGAGGCGCAGCGCUCCGGCCCGCAUCGUCGUGGUCUCCUCUCUGGCUCACAACUUUGGCUGGAUUCGUUUCCACGACCUCCACAGCCAGGGCAGCUACAACAGCGGCCUCGCGUACUGCCAGAGUAAACUAGCUAACGUGCUGUUUACCAGAGAACUGGCCCGCAGGCUCAAAGGAACCAACGUGACGGUGAACUCAGUCCACCCCGGGACCGUGAACUCAGACCUGACCCGACACUCCACCCUCAUGAUGAUAAUGUUCACCGUCCUCUCCUUGUUCCUGAAAACCCCAAGAGAAGGAGCUCAAAGCAGCAUUUACUGUGCUGUGGCUGAGGAGCUGCACUCUGUCUCUGGGCAGCACUUCAGUGACUGCUCUCCUGCCUUCGUAGCUCCUCAGGGAAGAAGCGAGGAAACGGCGAGGAGGCUGUGGGACGCCAGCUGUCAGCUUCUCGGCAUAGAGUGGAACUAAAUCACCUUUACUAAUCAGGCUCUAUUCUCAAUUCAGUCUUAGUGACCAUGUUCUGCCCUUUGAACAUCAGCAGAACAUCUGGUGAUAAAGUUUUUCAUGUAAAUAAUAAAACAAUGAAGUUUUGUGUUUGUGCAAAAAUAAUUAUAUUUAAAUAUUUUGAGUAACAUGGUGCUCUACAAGAGCUUCUUAAAGCUAAAGUAUUAUUACUUCGACUAUUUUUGUGACACAUUGUGAAUAAAUCUCGUGAAGGCAAAAAUAUAAAAAGGCGAACUAAUCUAUUGUAAUGCAGGGUAAAAAAAAAACAACAACACUUUAUAAUCUUAUGUUUGUUUCCUCCACAAUUUGCUUAUUUUAUUACUGGGUUUAACAUUUACAGCAUUUAACACUUUAUUUUUACUUUAAAGAGAACUUCAUUUAACAUUUCUUGAAAGUAAAAAUAAAGUGGUUU